UGGUAAAUGCUUUAACUACUCCAACUGUCAGCCAGCCCAUUUGACUCCCAGCAGCAGGCAUGCAGCAUCUCCUGCAAUAAACCUCCACGACACGUCCGCUAUGAUGGCAGAGAGUCAGCGCAGGGGGAAGGACAGCCAUUCUACAAGCUUUGAUUUCUCAUGGAAGGACUGCAAGUCCCAGCAGGCAGCCAACAGGGAGACCCUAAGAGACAACACCGCAAAAUACAAGGUGUUCGGGGAGAGUCCCCCACCGGAGAGCUUCACUGACCGACAUUCACAGAAUCCGACAGAACUGUCCGGGACAGACCAGCAGCAGCACCUGAAGCCCAGGGACAGUGUAAGAAGCCUUUUAUCCCCGUAUAAAGCCAUGGCAGCAGAGAGCCGCUCACAGCUACAGGAGUCAAACGACUUCGAAGACGAGUACCAUCCAUUACCGUCACCGACGCGUUCAUCGAUGCGCUCCCCUGGAAAAGGCUCACCUGCGCGGGCUCGCGUUACCUUCGCUGACAGUAGCCCUCUGGAUCCUUUCCCGAAAACUGAUCUUUUUAUAAACCGUUCAGGACACGAAGAUCCCAUCUCCACCAGAAUUCCAGAGUACGGAUCGGGAAAAUUAUCUGUGUCCAUCGAUGGAGGCUUCAGGAACUCCUACCUCACAUCAACGCCUCUUACAAAAGAGAAUUUGGGCAGCAAUGAGCCAGCCAAGGGUGAGCCCGGUAGCCAUGGGCAAGCAGCCGAUCACUUGGACGAGUCCAGCAGUGAGCGUUUAUUACGGCUUAGUUCUGACCUUUAUGUCACCACUCAUCUGAAUCACCCCCACUUGUCAACGUCUUCAUCCACAUGGAGAAACGGCUUCAACAACAUCUCAAAAUCCUACACCUUACCCAACAAACCCUCCAUAGGAAACCAUCACUUCUAUACAAAGGCCGAGAUUUGUCCAGAAAACAGCAGAAACUACAAGGCUUGGAAUCCCGAAAAAGACUUUGGAUUGGCCGUUCACAACAUGUCCAUCGGUCAGAGUGGGAUAAAAAGAUCCAGCAGUCUGAACUCAUUAACUACAACCGCAAAUGCACGCGCUGACAGAUAUACUGCUGAUGCCACGUUGGCCACUAAUGGACUCCAGGAAAGAGAGAGCAUGGCAGGGGCUCAGCAGGGUCCUAUCACCCGUGUUCUACAGCAGCUCGUGGACCUUGUGGACCGUUACUGGAACGGAUCAGGCUCACUCCUGCAGAACCAGAAAUUCAUGCAGCCGGCACGUGAGUUACUGUCUGAGCUCCUGACGGCCCACUCAGACCCCCGGGCAGCGGAUCGUGACAGCAGGCACCUGGAAUCUUUAAGGCAGCAACUACUUAAAGUCACAGAGGAAAACUGCAACCUUCAGGGCAAAAUGUCCCGAGUGGCACUCACUGAAUCAGCAGGCACCAAGGCGGUCUCAUUAGAAGAACUGGCAGAGAGAUACAGAAAGCUGGAUUCCCAGGUAACUCUCUUAGAACAGCAGCAGCGGAACCAUUCCCAUCACCAGCAAGACACAGUGAGCCUUCUACACGAGUCUCAGCGGGCUCUCGUCUCCACCAAUGAAUAUCUCCUGCAGCAGCUGAAUAGAGGCUCCACCACCUACCGCUCCAAGGUACUAGCUUCACCAAACGGUAAUACAGACAAACCAUCAUUCCUGGACCCAGGACCCACAUCUGCCUUACCGGUCCACAGAACCAGUCCUUACCGCAGGCCGGAGCAGCUUAGCCAAUGCCCACUGUAAGGAGGAACAAAGCCUUUCUGCACGCUCAGAAACAGACCUUUAAAUAAAAUUCAAAGUUAUGAUAUAGGGA